GAAAGUGCACAGACGACAAAAUUAAUGUUCUACGCACCGUGAAAAAUUGUUUUUAAAUUCUGGAAAAAUUAAACGCGAAGGCAGCGAACAGCAACGUCGUGAAUUUGUCAAAAUUAUGCGCGUUGUGUUUGUCAAUUCAAUUGCACCACCAACAGAAUUAAAAGCAAAGCACACUUAGUGCGCGUUUUGCGAAUUCUAAAAAUAUACGUCGCCGAUAAAUACAAAUAGUUAAAAGUUACGCAAUUUUGUGCAAAUAAACAACAUAAAGAGAGAGAGAGAGAAAACACAAAACAAAACCAAAUUUAAGCCAAUUAAAUCAAACAAAAUGCAGUAUUUACGACGAGCAACAGCAGCAGCAACCACAACAGCACGUUUCUAAAUGUUGUUCAGCAGGCGCAUAAAUAAAAUAUUGUGCGUGUGUGUGUUUUAAACACAAACCAAAUCAAUAUAAAAAGGAGCCAAGUGCAUUAACGCAUUAGCCAAAUUACCAAAGCGCCUGAUUUUGAUAGCUCCCGCAACAACAACAGCAACAACAACCGCAGAAGCCAUGGCCGCUGCCCAUCACAAUGCCAAUUUGCUCAGCUCGGACAUAUCGCGACGCAAUCCUCAGGAUGAAUACGAGCUAAUCCAAAAGAUUGGCUCCGGCACCUAUGGCGAUGUUUAUAAGGCAAAGCGCUUACAGAGCCUAGAGCUGGCCGCCAUUAAAGUCAUCAAACUGGAGCCAUCCGAUGAUAUACAGAUCAUACAGCAAGAGAUUAUAAUGAUGCGCGAUUGCCGUCAUCCCAAUAUAAUUGCCUACUAUGGCUCCUAUCUGCGGCGCGAUAAACUGUGGAUCUGCAUGGAGUAUUGUGGCGGCGGCAGCUUACAGGACAUCUAUCAGGUGACAGGUCCUUUGAAUGAGAAGCAAAUUGCCUAUAUGUGCCGGGAAACACUGAAGGGUCUCGAAUACUUGCACUCGAUGGGCAAAAUGCAUCGUGACAUCAAAGGUGCCAACAUAUUGUUAACUGAAUAUGGUGAUGUGAAGUUGGCCGAUUUCGGAGUGUCGGCGCAAAUAACAGCAACGAUCAACAAACGAAAGAGUUUUAUUGGCACACCCUAUUGGAUGGCGCCCGAGGUGGCGGCUGUCGAACGCAAGGGCGGCUACAAUCAAUUAUGUGAUAUAUGGGCCUGUGGCAUAACCGCAAUUGAACUUGCUGAGCUACAGCCGCCCAUGUUCGAUCUGCAUCCAAUGCGCGCCCUCUUUCUAAUGUCAAAGAGCGGCUUUAAGCCGCCCACACUGAGCAACAAAGACUUGUGGACGCCCACCUUUCACAAUUUCAUCAAGACAGCGCUCACCAAGAAUCCAAAGAAGCGACCAACGGCCGAACGACUGCUCCAGCAUCCGUUUCUCCAAGGCGAAAUGUCGCUACGUGUGGCCAAGGAGCUACUGCAAAAAUAUCAGAGUCCCAAUCAGCACUUCUAUUACCUUGAUGGUGAUGAGGAGUCGGUGGCCGGUGUUCCACAGCGUAUUCCCAGCAAGAUGACAUCGCGCGCAAAUGGCGUGCUGCCGCAGAAUCAUACGCUUAAGACAGGAAUGACAACGAAUUCGACGUGGUACGAGCGUUCAUCUAGUCCCGAGACCUUACCAAGUGACAUCUGUAAUAGCCGCGGUGGCGAUGCCGUUGGCGGCAGUGGCGGCAACAGCGGUGGCGGCGGCGGCGGCGGUGGCGGUGCUAGCAGCGGUAGCAACGGCUUAGACAAGCAUGACUCCUCCGUUAUCACGCCUACGGCGAUCUCACAGUCAGCUGGCGAUGGCUUCUUGCAUUCCAACUGUGCCUCGACGAGUGCUGAGGCGGCUGCAGCCUCCUCGGGUGUGGCAAACAACUAUUCGCAGUACUAUCGGGCAUUUAGGGACAGCGAGGUACCGGCCGAGUCGCCCGGAGCGACAGACCCGAAGGCAACAAGCGGCGGCACCACCAACCACAACACCUGUGAUUAUCGGCGUGAGAGCAACUUGAACGGGCUUGAGGACUCUCCACGCCGCCAUAGCUCCAUGGAUCAACUCAUUGGCAUGCUGAAUGACAUUGGCAAGUCGCCGCGAACGCGCAGUCUCAGCGAUGGCGGCACGCAGGACGAAGAUGAGCUGGAGAAAGAGGCUCAGCCCGACCUGCUGAACAAUACCCCGCCAGUGCCACCAAAGCGCUCACAUCGGCGUCGCCAUACGCCGCCGCGUCCCAUUUCCAAUGGACUGCCACCGACGCCAAAGGUGCACAUGGGCGCCUGUUUCUCCAAGAUCUUCAAUGGGUGUCCGUUGCGCGUGCAUUGCACAGCUUCGUGGAUACACCCGGAGACGCGCGACCAGCACUUGCUGAUUGGAGCCGAGGAGGGCAUCUACAACCUCAACAUGAACGAGUUGCACGAUGCGGCUAUCGAUCAGAUGUUCCCGCGUCGCACCACCUGGCUGUAUGUGAUCAAGGAUGUGUUGAUGAGUCUGUCGGGCAAGUCCUGUCAGCUCUAUCGGCAUGAUCUGGUGGCGCUGCACUCCAAGCAGACCGUGCGCUUCUCACUGCACAUGAACAAGAUUCCCGAACGGCUGGUGCCGCGCAAGUUCGCGCUGACCACGAAGGUGCCCGAUACCAAGGGCUGCACGCAAUGCUGCGUGACACGAAAUCCGUACAAUGGUUACAAGUACCUGUGCGGUGCCACGCCCAGCGGCAUAUUCUUGAUGCAGUGGUACGAUCCACUGAACAAGUUCAUGCUGCUCAAGCAGUGCGACUGGCCAGCAAUGAGCAUCCUGGGAGGAGGCCAUGGCUGCGUCCAGAAUGGACAUACGCCCGUCUUUGAGAUGAUCAUCACGCCGGAGCUGGAGUAUCCGAUUGUGUGCACGGGUGUGCGCAAGGCACUCAAUGGUUGCCUCAAGCUGGAACUCAUCAACAUGAACAGUGCCAGCUGGUUCCAUUCAGAGGAUCAGGAUUAUGAUGCAAUGGCCACCAUUGUGCCACGUCGCGAACUCCUCAAGGUGGUGCGCGUCCAUCAGGUCGAGAAGGAUGCCAUACUCGUGUGCUACGGAAAUGUGAUGCAGGUGGUGACGUUGCAGGGGAAUCCCAAGCAGCACAAGAAGAUGGUGGCGCAGUUGAACUUUGACUUCAAUGUGGACAGUAUUGUUUGUUUACCGGACAGUGUAUUAGCAUUCCAUAAGCACGGCAUGCAGGGCAAGUCGCUGCGCAACGGCGAAGUAACGCAGGAGAUUAAAGACAUGAGUCGCACGUAUCGUCUGCUGGGCAGUGAUAAGGUUGUCGCCUUGGAGAGCCAACUGCUUCGCACUGGCUCGCUGGGCAGCGAAGAAGGACACGAUUUGUACAUUUUAGCCGGCCACGAGGCCAGUUACUAGGCGCUAUGUUUAAGUAAUGAAAUUGUUAUAUUUUAAAUAUAAUUCGGUACACAAUAAAUUUUAAAUUUGCAAGCGAUGUCGUCAUCGGGCAUCAUCCUACGACUCAAACACACAUACACAAACGCAACUAUUAACUGUAAUUUAAUUACUUGUAGGUCUAAGCGUAUUUCGCAAUUAGCAGUCAGUAAACGGAUAAACUUUGAAGGCAACAUAGCGCAAUUUAUUGUAGAAGGCAACAAGCGAACUAGAGAAGCGUUGAAAAUAUGUGUAACUGUAAUUUCGCUUUUUGCUGUAUUUAAUGAAAAUUCGCCACCUAAAAAAAUAGCACUUUAAUAAGUACGUUAAUUGCAAUUCCGUUUCGUUAUAAUUAGUUUUGUAUGAGAAGAAAUGCUUUAAUUUAUUUCUAAACUUAAAAGUCUACAAUUAUUUAAAUACGAAUUUUUACUAAGAACGCCGCAAAGCCAACAAAUAAGUUUCAAAAACAACAAUUAGCUACAAUAAAUUAUAAGCAAAACACUUAACAAAUAAAAUAAAAUGCAUGAAAUUACGUAUAAGAAAUUAGUAAUUAUACUAUAUUUGAUAGUUUUUAGCAAUUGUAUAAAUCGAAAAGGCAACCGUUUGAUGGCAUAUGAAUGUGUUUGGAAAAUGUUUUCAUAGCUUUUGAAAAAAAGGAUGCAGGCUAUUGGCUCAAAAUCUACUCGUAUAGAAAAAAAAAACUGAAUUGAAAAACUGAUGAAAGUGCGUUAAAUUACAACCGAAAUGGUUUGUUGGGAAACAAAAAAGUAGAGUAAGACUUUUCUAAAAACUAAUAAGUGAGAGAUUAAGCGGAAACGAUAAUGCAAAUUGUAAAUGGCUGCAAUAUGGUCUGUGCAUUGAAACUGAUUGUCAUAGGUAAGGUAAGAAGAUAAAAAACAAAAUAAUUUUCCGAACGGCACAUUUUCGCGUCUUGAGUUGUAAAAAUAUAUUUUAAAUUAGGUUUUAAGUUAAUUAGCUCGUAUACAAAGAAAAAGCGUGAAACCGAAAAUUAAAUUAUUAAAAAAAAAACUUGUUGAACUUUAGUUUAGUGCAAAUAAAAAGAUUUCAAAUGAAA